GACUAUGGCUGAAGACGAUCAGCUUCACGGACAAUCAAGGUCAGAUGCAGGGCAAGGUCACGAAGGUCGUCUCAGUGGCCACCAACGAGGAACUCCUGGAGAAGGUCAUUGCUUUCUCCCCCGGGCCGACGGAGGCGCAGCUCAACAUCACGGUGGCGUCGCUGCUCGACCGGGAGACGAUCGCCGAGUACAAGAUAUCGUGGUCCUACAAGGACGUGCGAGACGACUACGGAUGGAUUGAGCCCCCGAACAUUUUGUUCACGGUGGAGGACGUCAACGACAACCCGCCGGAAUGGCACGACCUUCCGCCCGACAACAAGGUCGAAGUGGAGGAG